AUGGAAGUUCUCAAUUCUAUUGUUGGAAAAAUAGCAGAGUUAACUCUGAUACCCAUUGGAAGGCAAGUGGAAUAUUUACUACUUUACAAAGAAAAUCUGAAGGAGCUAAAAGAUAAAAUUGAGGAGUUGAACACAAGAAAAGUUCGCAUCGAGCAUAAUGUUGAAGCAGAAAGAAGGAAUGGAAGAGAAAUCGAAGCUGAUGUAAAAAGUUGGCGGAAAAGAGUUGAUAAGACCUUGGAAGAAGCAGAGAAACUUUGUGAAGAUGGACCUCAUGCUAGUGUACGGUGUUGGAAAUGGUCUUUUCCUAAUUUGAAAUCACGACAUCAACUUGGUAGAAAAGCGAAGAAAAUGACAUUCACCAUUGCUGAACUGAAGGAAGAGGGGAAGUUUGAUGGUGGAGUUGGGUACGUCCCUGCUUCUAGCACGGCAAACUUAAUUUUUGCUCCUCAAGGCAGUGAAAAGCUUGAGUCAAGAAACUUAGUGAAGCAGAAGGUUGUGUUGUCUCUGAUCGACCCCAACGUAAACAAAGUUGGAAUUUAUGGGUGGAGUGGUGUUGGGAAGACAACUCUAGUUAAUGACGUUGCCAAACAUAUUAAGGAUGACAAGUUGUUUGAUGUGGUGGUUAUGGCAGCUAUGUCCCAACCAUUGGAUGUUGAAAGGGUUCAAGAUGAGAUUGCUUAUCAAUUAGGCUUUCAAUUGGAUGAGAAGAUUUCAAUCGGAAGAGCUGACUGCCUUUGUGCAAGGAUAAAAAUGGAGAAAAAUAUCCUUAUCAUACUAGACGAGUUAUGGGGGAAAAUUGAUUUAAAACAGUUGGGAAUUCCAUCUAAGCAAGAUCUUAAGGGUGGAGAAUUAUCAUUGAGUUUUAAACGUUUAGAUAUUUCACAGAAGAAUGAAACUUAUCAGGGUUGCAAAUUACUGUUGACCUCUACAGGUUUAGAUAUUUUACAGAAGAAUGAGACUCAAAGAAACUUUGCUCUUGAAGCAUUGAAUAAUGCAGAAUCAUGGAGUUUGUUUGAAGAUAUGGUUGGUGAUGCUAUUAAAGAUGCCAAUUUACAAGAGAUAGCAACCCAAGUGGUUGAAAGAUGUGCGGGUUUGCCUGUUAUGAUAGUCUCAAUUGCAAAGUCAUUAAAAUAUAAUAAGAAUACUCACUAUUGGAAAGAUGCCUUGAACAACUUAAAGAGAGUUGAUAAUGGAGACAUGUAUGGGAAUGUUUCUUCAGCUUUUGAAUUUACUUACAACCGACUGGAAGAUGAUGAAAUGAAGAAAGUAUUCUUGCUAUGUGGUGUUCAUGGACCAUCCAUGUGGGUUAGUGACUUGUUGAAAUAUGUAAUUGGCUUAGGUGUUCUGAAGCACAUAGAUACCGUUGAAGAUGCAAGAAACCGUCUCUAUAGAAUAAUAGAUGACUUAAAGGCAUCUUGUUUGCUACUUGAGGCUGAUGAAAGUGAGACCUAUGUGAAGAUUAAAAUGCAUGGCAUUGUUGAAGAAGUAGCUGUUUCAAUUGCUCGUAAGAAUGAACAUGUUUUUGUGCUGAGAAAUGGCAGGAUGCAAGAUUGGCCAAGCAAGGGAUUUCUUGAAAGGUGUACUCAAAUAAUCUUAGAAAAUUAUUUUAUCCAAGAGCUUCCUCAAAAGUUAGAGUGCCCUAAUUUGAAGUUUUUUCACUUACAAUGCCCUGAUAAUUGCACUCUGGAAAUUCCAGACUCCUUUUUUGAGGGAAUGAGAAGCCUUGAAGCAUUAGAUUUGACAGGCUUGGUGAUGUCUUCAUUGCCUACAUCUCUUGUUGCCUUGACCAAACUUAAGACAUUAUGUUUGGAUCAAUGCACUCUAAAACAUAUGGCCAGAAUAGGUGACUUAAUAAAUUUAGAAGUUCUUAGUCUCAUUGAUUCAUUCAUAGAGGAGUUGCCGAGUGAAAUAGGACAAUUGACUCACAUAAAAAUGUUGGAUUUGACGAAUUCUAGAAUUAAGAUCAUUCCACCCAACACUUUGUCCAAGUUCACUAAAAUAGAGGAACUUUAUAUGGGCAAUGCCUUAGUUAAGUGGGAGGAGGAAAGUUCAAGUGAGCAAAACAAAAGUGCUAGUCUUGCUGAGCUUGGGUGUUUGACAAACCUGACUACUUUAGAAAUUCAAAUUCGUGAGGCUUGGAUGCUGUCGAGGGACAUGAUGUUUAACAACUUAGAGAGAUACAAGAUUGUUAUCGGAGAUAAAUGGGAAUGGUCAAGGAACAAAAGUACCUCAAGGUCGCUAAAGCUAAAGCUUGAUACUAGCAUUCAUUCGGAAGAUGGGAUUAAAGCAUUGAUUGAAAAAGUGGAAGAUUUGUACUUAGAUGAAGUCAAUGGAAUUUUAGAUGUGCUUUUCGAUUUGAAUGGAGAAGGAUUUCCUCUGCUAAAGUAUCUCCAUAUUCAAAAUAAUGGCCAGGUUCAGCAUAUCAUCAACACAACAAAGCGGAAUGAAACUCAUGUUGUGUUUCCAAAAUUGGAGACACUAAUACUUCACAAUCUCAAUAACUUAGUGAAGGUAUGUGAUGGCCCACUUCCUGUUAAUUCCUUUGGCAAACUCACAGUCAUCAAAGUCAAACAUUGUGAUCAACUGGUAUAUCUCUUUUCUGUUUUAAUGGAGAAAGCUCUUUCUCAACUUGUCGAGCUCCAAGUUUUGGGAUGCAAUUCAAUGAAGAGGAUUAUGUUAAUUGAAAAUGAAAAUAGUGAAAUAAGUAGUGAUGAGAAGAUUGAGUUUCAUUCACUACGCUUCUUGAGUCUUUGUCAUUUGCCAGUCAUCCAUGAUUUUUGCUCAAAUGAAGUGACAUCUUUUAUGACAGCCACAUCAUUAUUUAAUGGCACUAAGGUCCGAUUCUCAAAAUUGGAGACGAUGGUAGUUAAAGACAUGGAAAGCUUGAAGAAAGUAUGGCACUUUCAAUUUGAAAGGUUAAAGAGUUUGGAGGUGAGCAAUUGCGGGAAACUGGCGAAUAUUUUCCCAUCUGAUAUGCAGGGAACGUUUGGAAACCUUGAGACAUUGAAGGUCAGCGAUUGUGGUUCAGUGGAAGAGAUAUUCGAACUAACUGCCAAUGAAAUCCGUAAUGAAGAGGAAACAACGACACAACAAGUCUCACAAUUGAAGAAACUCCAUCUGUUUCACUUGCCAAAGCUGAGAGAGAUUUGGAGUAAAGAUGCUCAAGAAAGCCUUCGUUUCCAUAACCUGCAACUUGUGUGGGUUGAAGACUGUGAGGACUUGGAAUACCUUUUUCCAUUCUCCAUUGCAAUGCAAGCUACUCAACUGGAAAGUAUUUCCAUAAAGUAUGCAGGGAGUUUGAAAUAUAUUGUUUCAGGCGAAGGACCCACGGAUGGUCCAGUCAAAUUUGCGUUUAAUCAUUUGACCUCACUGGUGUUUUGGCAUUUAUUUCUACUGGAGGGAUUUUUUGCUGAAAAUCAUAGUUUACUGCAUCCAUUAUUAAGGGAAAUAGAUAUUCGUGAAUGUUGGAAACUGAAGCUCUUCAAGACAGAAAGUUCAAGUGGCAGAGAAAAAGUUUUCCAUAGUAAACAAAUAUUAAUGCAGCAGCCUCUUUUCGCGCUUGAAGAGGUGAUUUGCAACUUGGAGACAUUGGCCCUAAAUAGUGAGGAUGCAAGCAUGAUAUUACAAGGGCAAUUUUCACGAAAACACUUCAACAAACUCAGAAAUCUUUAUUUGGCAAAUUUUGAAGAUGAUCAUGCCACUUUUCCCUAUUGGUUUUUCCAAAACAUAACCACUCUCAAUGAGCUAGUUGUUGAACAGAGUUCUUUCAAGGAGAUAUUCCGAGAAGAGAUACCUACAAACGAGAAAGAAAAAUCAGUGAUCGGAAUGAGAAUUAAAAAAUUGACACUUAGCACCUUCCUCUGUAACAUUCCAUCACCUGACGUAUUUGGAGGUGGAAAAUUGCAAUGGAUUACUUCACUUAAUUACCUCAUCAACUGCAAGAAGCCUGGUCAAAUUAAAAGCAAUGAAAAUAGCAAAGUGCAAUUCACUUGA